AUGUUCUAUGAAGAAGACAAGGCACCUCUACGUGAAGAGGGAAUCGACCGUGACAUUGGCUAUCGGACUGUGAUCGAGAUGAAGCUGAACCAGGAGUCGACCAUCCCGCGGAUCUUUAAACUUACGCGAUUUCUAGUGAGAUCCAUGACAUUCCUGCUCCACGUUCGACAUGUUAUAAUUUCGUUGGAUGACGCCGAGAUGUCUCGUGUGGCAAAAACUCGGAGCAAGGCCAGUCAGUCAAUGGCCAUUCCAAAACAUAUGGUCAGCAUUACCGUCACCUCUCAUUUGUUGGUAUCUCUUACGGCUUUCCAAGUCCGCAAAGCUUUGAUGGUCUUGGCAGCCCAGGAGGUCAAUGUUAUAUUCGCUGAAGAUGCACUCAUUGGAGCUCCGAAGACGCUCAUCACACGAGUGGAUGUGGAAGAAAGUUUACGAAAUCCAAGAGCUUCUCGACGGAGAAAAUGA